AUACAAUUAAUUAGUAAGAAGAUCGGACACUCUCACGGACAUUACAAGGGAACAGCAAACAUGCCGCCCCACUUUGAGCGCUGUGGUGACAUUGUCUGGCAAUGCAAGCGUGAUUCUCGCAGUUUCGCCUUUAAGUGCAUCUUCUGUGAGCAUCAAUCAACGGCUUUUAGAGACUUUAAGGUGCAUUUGGAAGGAGAGCAUUCGGUGCAGAUGGAACUCGAUGUACAACAAGAGCCGAUAAAAACAAAAACAAGAAGACUGCGUAGCCAGCGAGAGAAACAAACGGCUUUAAUAACAACUGUCCAGCUCGAAAUGGAGACAACUGAGUCCAAACUCGAUAUGACGGAGCUCCAACUAGAUCCGCUGGAGAAGAGCGAAGUUUUGACAGCUGCAGUCAAACCGGAGUUUGAAUCGGAGCCGGAGUCGGAAAGAAUGCUUGAUAUGCCCAGUGACAGGAGUAUCGACGGCGACAGCGAUUCCCUGGAGACUGUGCCCAGCAGCUCAUCAUACUUUUGGCUGCGCCAGCAUCCUAUAAUGCUAUCCCUCAUCGAGCAAUACAAGGAGGCACGCCUGCUCUGGGACAUGGGCAUGCUGGAGUAUCGCAACUACAAGCGACGCGGCGAUGCCUGUGACCAGAUCGCGGCUCAUCUAAACGCACAGUUCGAUCUGCAGUUGAAGGGUCUGGAGAUUGCCGACUACACGAAAAGGCUGCGCUACGCCUAUGAAGUGGAGCAGCGACGUCUGCAGCGGAAUGAGGAUGCAGUUGCAACUAAAUGGUACUAUGAGCACCUAAGCUUUCUGUGCAACAGUGUACGCGGCAAACGUGGCAAAGAGGAUCGAAAGGGAGGCCAAAGGGAAGACUCCAUGUUACCCGUGCCGCAGCUGACGGACGAGCAGAAUGUCAAGUUCAUAGAACUCUAUCAGCGUUGUAAUCGCCUCUGGGAUAUGCAGGAUUUGACCUGUCGUCUGCGACACGUGCGAGUGGCAGCCAAGAAGACGCUGUUGCAGUUGUGCCGCAGCGAGUUGCAGGUGCCGUUGGAGCCGGCACAGCUUCAGCGCUACAUUAGGCAUAUGCGCAAAGCCUACGCCCAGGAGAAGUCGCGUCGCAUCGAAUGCAAGCGCAAGGGGAUCAUAUACAAGUGCAGAGGUCGCUACCAGCAGCAGCUGCAGUUUCUCGACGAGCACAUGCCGCCGUUUCAGUGCCAAGAGUGCGGUGAAUUGCUGAGCAGCAUGGACCGCUUUAAGGUGCAUUGUGCCGCACAUGAUGGCAGCUUGCCCUUUGUCUGCCCCUUCUGCAAGCGAGGCUUUACGCGCAGCGACAAUUGCAUCAUGCAUGUGAGGCGUCACACCCAAGACUUUCAUCUGGAAUGCAAGGAGUGUGGCAAGCGGUUUGCCAACACCUCGGAUCUGCAGGUGCAUCGGCGCCAACACACGGGUGAGAAGCCCUAUUGCUGUGACGUGUGCGGCAGUCGCUUCACCACCUGCUCCUUCUUCGAGCGUCACAAGCGACGGCACGAGAAGAGGCCCACGGGCAAGUGCCAUCUCUGUGACAAGGUCUUCUAUGAGAACUCAUUGCUCAAUGAUCACAUCAAGGGCCAUCUGAAUGUGAGAGACAAAAAGUGUGAUAUCUGCAAUAAAUCCUUUACCAGUGCCAAGUACUUGCGGCAGCACAAGGAAAUCCAUGCGGCCCACAAACGCUACAUCUGUAAGAUCUGCGGCAAGGGAUUCGCCCAAUACGCCGGACUCAGCGGUCACAUGAAGUCGCAUGGCACAACAGUGCGCGGCGGGACCAAGGAGGAAACACAAACCAAAGCGAUAUCUACAUCUCCAACAGAUCCCUCAACUACUGGCUCACUCUAAAGUCCAUUCUGUCUUAAAGAUUAGAACAUUUAAUUGCCUUAUAAACGCUGCUGCGCAAUCCUAAUAUAUUAUGGUACAAAAAUU